AUGGGAAACAAAAUCUCCCGGCCGGCACGCAAGCUCAACAAGACGAUUCUGGAAGCGGGGAAAGUAUCCCGAACCGCCCAGGCCCGGCUUCCUCCGCAGGCUUUGAAAGAGCAGUUCGAGGCGGGAUUCGAGCCCAGACAAGACGAAAGACAAGACGAAAGACAAGACGAAAGACAAGACGAAAGACAAGACGACAGACAAGAUGGAAAAAACACGGCCCGCCCCCUGCCUCCAUACACGAAGCAGAAUACAAAAGCAGACAGAAGCAGCCAGCCCGAGGGCAGAGACGGCAUGGAUCCGCAGGCAGACCAGUCCUUUAUUGACUCCAUCAACAAGUUGGGGCGGCAGAUCCAAAGCAGCACGGGCAAAAACCCGGGAGAGUUGGACGUGCGGGCGUUGCGGCAGCUCAUGAACAGAAAGAGCCUCUACGAAAAGGGCCAGAGCGAGGUGGCGACGCAAAUGGCGGGCGAAUCGUCCAAGGCAAGAACCAUGCUCCAUCCUCGCACACUCACAGCCGUGCUAAAUGCUUUGGAGGGAAAGGCGUCGCCCAGCGAGAUUGCACAGGACUUCCUGGUGUCGCCGCAGUACUUGGAGAACUUGGGCCGCUUCAAAGUGGCAGAGAACAUCGUGGUGAUAGAGGAGCAGACAAAGGAGGACGAGAUCGGGCCCAAGGCGGCACGUCCAAGCGAGCUGAUGAUCGAUUACGAUGGCGACAUGAGCGAGGAGGUGAACAGCGAAAGGCUCCGCCAGUUGCGCCUGCGGCUAGAGUAG